AUGGGAUGCUGUGAAUGCAAAUCAUCAACGAAAGAAGAAAUGACCAACCAAGAAAAAAACGCCUCACAACAGCUUUCAGCGAGUAAAACAGACGCUUCUUUGCAGGACCAAUCAAUAAUCACACAGAAAUUCAACAAAAUGUUCCCCAAUAUCAAAGUCAGCACAAGAGCUUCAGUUAAAGUUAUUCAAGGAAAAAUCUAUACCUAAUAAUAGCAAAUAAAAAUAUAACCGUUAUUCUAUUUUUAUAUAUGAAAUUAGGAUAGUAGAGAUGUUUUUAUCAUUAUAAUAGGUAUAUGAUUUCUACGAAAUAAAAGAACAGCUCGGGGAAGGUGCUUAUGGCUGUGUAAGGCGCGCACUUCAUAAGCAGUCAGGAGUAGAAAGAGCGAUAAAAUCUAUAAUGAAAACAUAUGUGAAAAUUUCUGAUGCAAAAAAUAUGCUUCUGGAAGUGGACAUUCUGAGGAAGUUAGAUCAUCCGAAUAUUCUGAAAAUAAUUGAGGUCAUACAAGAUUUGAGAUACUAUCAUGUGGUUUCAGAAAUCUGCACAGGAGGGGAACUUUUUGAUAAGAUAGUUAAGGCUCAGCGCUUUAAUGAGCAGAUGGCAGCUCAUUAUAUGUACCAAAUUUUGUCAGCUGUUAGCUACUGCCAUCGACAUAAAGUGCUGCAUAGAGAUCUCAAGCCAGAAAAUUUAUUGUUUCAGCAUGAAGGAGAAGACUCCCCAUUAAAAGUUAUUGAUUUCGGGGUUUCAAGGCUGCAAACACCUACAAACCCGCAGCAGUUUCAAAGAUACGGGCUGGCUUAUUAUACAGCUCCUGAAGCCCUAAAUAGAGAAUUCACUGAAAAAAGCGAUGUAUGAAGUUGCGGAGUUAUCUUAUAUGUGAUGCUAUGCGGGUAUUUGCCUUUUAAUGGAAAAAAUGACUACGAAAUAAUGCAGAACAUCCAAACACAAAAAUUGCAGUUUCCUGAAAAGGAAUGGAGUAAGAUUUCAAAAUCAGCUAAAAAGUUCAUAAAAUUAUUAUUGAAGAAAAAUCCUGAGGAGAGGCCUACAGCUGAGGAAGCAUUUCAAGAAAAAUGGGUUCAAGGUAGAACUUCAACAAAUGCCCCAAAUAAGCCUAUUCUUGUCUCUUCCUUGAGAAAUCUCACGAGAUUUCGCUCAAAUAUAAAAAUCAAGCAAUUUGCCUUUGAGUUUAUUACUGCUCAUAUGACCGCCCAAACUGAAAUCGAUAACCUCCAGAACGUUUUCAUGACACUAGACGCUGAUGGAGAUGGCCAAUUAAGUAGGGAAGAGCUAAUUGCAGGGGCUGAAAUUCUGGAUUUGCCUUUAAAAUUCGACGUAGAGACUAUACUUAAAAAUUGUGACUUGGACGGAGAUGGGUUUAUUAACUAUAACGAAUUUCUAACAGCUUCAAUAGACUGGAAGGCAACUCUUACAAGAAAAAAACUUGAAGCCGCAUUUCGUGCCUUUGACUUAGACGGAAACGGAGUCAUUGAACUAGAUGAGUUACGAAAGAUGCUUGGUAGUGGGGAAGUUGACGAUAAUAUCUUGCUAGAAGUCAUGAACCAAGCAGACAAAAAUGGAGAUGGGGUUAUUGACUUAAAAGAAUUCGAAGAAGCCAUAGUUAGGCGAGGAACAAUCGGGACCGGGAGCAUUGUUCUUGAUUAA